CAAAGCAGAAUUAAGAGCUUUCAUGUAUACAUAUAGACUUCAGGAGGUAAAAAAUAAAAAAGAGAGGGAAACAAGGACUGAGGCAUCUUAAGGAGAGUAUUUUUCAUCAAGAAAUGGUCAGACUGAACACAGCCUGAGGUGUCCUUUCAGAACCAAUGAGUUCUCCAGUGCAAGAGGCAGAUGUGUCACCUUAUGCACAGUACAACAAUGUGCCAUUUCCCCAAGUUCAGCCUCAGAUCUCAUCACCACCUUAUUACUCCAACCUAGGCUUCUACCCUCCACAGCAUGAGGAAUGGUAUUCCCCUGGGAUGUAUGAACUCAGGAGGUUACCCUCAGACACCUUUUUCACAAGAGAGACAGAGCUAAUGGAUAUCCCUGCAGCCAAAAAGCCUAGACUGGGUCACUCCACGGGAAGAGUGAAAGGAGAAGAGCUCUGUGUGGUCUGUGGUGACAAAGCUUCUGGGUAUCACUAUAAUGCCCUUACUUGUGAAGGAUGCAAAGGAUUCUUCAGAAGAAGCAUCACAAAAAAUGCAGUAUACAAAUGUAAAAAUGGAGGCAACUGUGAGAUGGACAUGUACAUGAGGAGAAAAUGCCAGGAGUGCCGUCUAAGGAAAUGCAAGCAGAUGGGCAUGUUGGCUGAAUGUCUCUUAACAGAGAUACAGUGCAAGUCAAAAAGGCUACGGAAAAAUGUGAAGCAGCCUCCAGAUCAGACAGUCAGUGAGGACAACGAAGGCCAUGAUGUGAAACAAGUGACUUCUACAACUAAAAUAUAUAGGGAGAAGGUAGAAUUUACCCCAGAACAGCAGAAACUUCUUGAUUAUAUUAUGGAUUCAUACAGUAAACAACAAAUACCCCAGGAGGUGUCAAAAAAAUUGUUGAAUGAGGAAUUCAGUGCUGAAGGAAAUUUUCUGAUUUUAACAGAAAUGGCUACCAGUCAUGUGCAGGUUCUUGUGGAAUUCACUAAAAAACUACCAGGCUUCCAAACCCUUGAUCAUGAAGACCAGAUUGCUUUGCUGAAGGGCUCAGCAGUGGAAGCCAUGUUCCUCCGUUCAGCUGAGAUCUUCAGCAGGAAACUUCCCACAGGACACACUCUCCUUUUAGAAGAAAGAAUUCGCAAUAGUGGUAUCGCAGAUGAAUUCAUAACUCCCAUGUUUAAUUUUUAUAAAAGUAUUGGAGAGCUGAAGAUGACACAGGAAGAAUAUGCACUGCUCACAGCCAUAGUUAUCCUGUCUCCAGGUAACUUCUCAUGUGGAAUUAAAUAUUAGUUGUUCUGGAAAGAAAGCAUGAGGAACAUGAUGUGAGAUUUAUAAAAACUUACAUUCUACAUGGAAUAAGUGAAUGUGCAUGCUCAUUCUGUUUAUUCAGUUUUUAACUAAAACAAGCACAUAAAUAAAU